GUUACAUUUUUUUUGUCUCCCUCAGUAAUCUUCCUGCUUACCUCCAUUGAGGAGGUCGCCAGGCUUCUCGUUACCGCCAAUGAGCUGGGAAUGAUGAAUGGCGAGUAUGCCUUCGUCACACUUGAUUUUACUAUCCAAAGUCAUUGGAUCCGUAAGACUUGGGCCGGUGGAAGGAGCGUAGAAGAUUUUAACGCACUAUUUGAUGGUAUUAUAAAUCUGUCGGUAAAAGGGCCGCAUGGUGAACGCUAUGACAAGUUUGUAGAGGAAUUCAGAGAGAAGCUAAAGGUCAAUAACGUAUCUGAAACAGCGGUUACUUAUUCAUUCUCUGCUUAUCUUCACGACGCAAUACAAGUUUACGCCAUUGGUCUAAACCGAUCGCUAAGCUACGGAGGGAAUAUCUCUGAUGGGCUGUCAAUCAUAAGAAACGUAGCGAACAACACUGUACUAUUCAAAGGUUUGUCGGGAGAUGUUGCCAUCAAUAGCCACGGCAAUCGCGUACCAGUGUUCGUUUUUAGCAACAGGCAAAAUGGAAGCGUUGUUCCUAUCGCGGAGAUCGAUGAAACGAACCCAGGCGACCCAAACGUAACAAUUUACAACGUGACGACAAUUUGGCCGAGUGGAACAACCGUUAUACCACGUGAUGCACCCGAAUGUGGAUUCCGAGGAGAUGAGUGCGUGUCACCUCCAGAGGAAAACGAAGAAUCAUUCAACUAUCUGUGGCUUUUGACCCUGAUUCUGGUGCUGAUGUUCAUAGCUCUUCUCUUUGGCUUCCUGUACUACAAGAAAAAAGUUUACGAAAGGGAUCUCAUGAAUACUUCGUGGAUUAUUGAUUACAAGGAUAUUGUGUUGUGCAACCCAGGAAGCCGAAUGUCGAGCAAAAUUAGAUCCGGCCCUGCUGCCGCUGGGUCGUUCAUUAGUAACGUAGGGGGUGAAUAUAACUUUAGCCUCACAAAUGUUGGCCGAUACAAGGCUGAGUUAGUGGCUUUGAAACGAAUAAGGAAGAACAACAUAGAAUUAAAAAGAGAAGUGUUUGUAGAAAUGAAACAGGUCCGCGACCUUAUGCACGAAAACAUCAAUCAGUAUGUUGGAAUGUGUGUGGAAUCACCAAAUGUAUGUAUUGUCUCUAUGUUCUGCAGCAGAGGAAGUCUUCAGGAUCUUUUGGCAAACGACGAUAUCAAGAUCGAUUGGCUAUUUAGGAUGUCAUUUGCCUAUGAUAUAGCAAAGGGAAUGAUCGCGCUGCAAAAUAGCCCGAUCCAUGCUCAUGGAAGCCUCAAGUCAUCCAAAUGUUUGAUUGACGGUCGGUGGGUUUGUAAAGUUUCCGAUCAUGGCUUGGAUACAGUCAAAGCCAAUCAGACAGAGGAAGAGUUAGGAGAACAUGCUAAGUACAGAGAUCUUUAUUGGACUGCACCGGAAUUACUACAUGCAAUGGAUGGCACAAAAAGUCAAUUUACAAAGACUCAAAAGGGCGAUGUUUACAGUUAUGGAAUAAUCCUUCACGAAAUUCUUUCUAGAGACGAGCCUUAUUACCAAAUGGAACCAAAAGAUGUCUUAGUUAAGCUACGAAAGUCUCUUGCUCCACCAUUUAGACCUGAAAUACCAAAGGAUUUGGAAGGAUGCGAUGAGAAAUACAUCCAGCUUAUGAAACUGUGUUGGGACAAAGAGCCAGCAGAGAGACCAAAUUUUACUGACAUUAAACUCGAACUAAGGACCAUGAAUGGAAGAAAAAACACAGACAUUGUUGAUAACAUGCUACAAAUGAUGGAGAAAUACACAAACCAAUUGGAAGAACUUGUCGACCAAAGAACUCGCCAGUUAGAGAUUGAAAAAGCCAAAACAGAAGAGCUUCUUUACAAGAUGUUACCCAAAUCCAUAGCUGACGAACUGAAAACUGGAAAGCCUGUGCAGGCUGAGAGUUUUUCAAGUGUUACAAUUUUCUUCAGUGACAUAGUUGGCUUCACGAAGGUGGCAUCCGAGAGUUCACCAUUCCAGGUAGUGAAUCUUCUGAAUGAGCUGUACACAUGUUUUGACAACGUGAUUGACAGUUAUGACGUUUACAAGGUUGAGACCAUUGGAGACGCUUACAUGGUUGUAUCUGGACUUCCUGUUCGCAAUGGUGAUCGGCACGCUGGGGAAAUUGCAACCAUGGCGCUCAGCUUAUUGAGCUCUGUCAAGGACUUCACUAUUCCUCAUAUGAAAAACAAAAAAGUGCAGCUUCGAAUCGGUAUUCACACCGGUCCGUGUGUGGCUGGAGUUGUGGGCCUCAAAAUGCCUCGCUACUGUUUGUUUGGAGACACUGUGAACUACGCAUCAAGGAUGGAGUCCAGUGGACUUGCACUUCGAAUCCACGUUAGCCCAGAUUGUAAAUCUGUGCUGGACAGUCUUGGAGGAUUCUACUUAGAGGAAAGAGGUCCAGUCACGCUGAAGGGAAAAGGUACCAUUAUUAGCUUCUUUCUUUACGGCAAAGAAGGUUUUGACAAGCCUCUACCUGACCUCGCACAGGCCGCUUCACUCGAAGAACAUGAGUUUAAAUGAGACUCUUUCCAACCUGACUAGAGGAAUGGAACGUACGCGGUGGUAGAGGUCGCACAAAGUGUAUAAAAUGUGAUCCCAGUUACAUAACAAGAACAGAGGUUUACUUUGACCAACAGUGGCGGUUGCGAAAUGUGAAUAAUGAGCCGAGGGGUAAAAUAAUCGAACAAACCUAAAAAAGAGAUGUUUUCCAUGAGGUGUUUGAUCGACGUUCGAUAUUUUCAGUAUCAAAACCUGACGCUUGUCAAUAUUCUUCAUCUACUACUUCAUUUUACUGGCUCUCUUCACUUAAGGAGUGCUCCGGCUCUAACUGAUGGGGAAGAUCUGCGACACAUUCACUAAAAUUUUCUUCAUAAGACAACAAUAGAGCAUCAACAAGAGUGAAAUACUACACCGCGUGUGCACCGGGUAACUAUUACACGUCAUCAGCCCUGAUUACAUUCAGUUGCGCACUAUUCAAGAUGGCGGCCGCGGGAAAUUCGAAGUGGCUUUAAGAACCUUCUUUGGAAAACGAUAACAACUUCAGAUCGGUUGGUGAGGCAAUUUGUUAUGCCAGAUCUAUUGAGGAGUACAUUUGGAAAUUUUUGAGCGCUAUUUGUUCAAAGAGUGGAGGUUCCCUUUAAAGCAUGGCAAGUGAGGGGGCAAAGAACUAACACUCACCAUUUUUCCUCUGAUAAUUACCUCAACAACUAAACUAAGACGAUUAAUCGCUCUAGCGCAAUAAUUCCCUCGACUUCGUUUCGGGGACUAUUGAAAUAAUUUCACUUCGUGUUCGGCGAAUGAAUUUUAAGUAUGCAUUUCAGGUUUAUUACCUGUUUCGUUGUAUUAAUAGAUAAACACAGCAGAUAAACAUAUUAUAUUUUUGGGUUUAGCUUAUGACAAUAGGAAAGGAUAUUUCAUUCGAUCGUGAGAUCAUAAAAUGCAUCCUAGAAUAUUUUACUAGCGAGAAAUGGAUCAUAUAAAACUUUUUAUUUAUUACAAAAUACUCUUUAACAACUUUUUGAUUUGGUGAUGAAAGGCCAUUGUUGCAUUAAAUUGAGUUGGGUGGAAAGUUCCAAAUGUAAGAUAUCAUAUGCAAUAAAACUCAAGAAACUAACGACUGAAUUAAGUUCUAACAUACAGAAUGAUGAGCAACAGAAACAAAACGAAAACUAAGAGAAGGCAUAGAUUGGCUGGAUAUCAAUCGAUCAAUUACAUAAAGACAAAAAAACAAAAACAAAAAAACAGAGAAUGAGGCCAAGAGAGUUGUCGAUAAAUCCUUCUUUUGUUUCGCCGCAAUGAGUCAUUUUGCAUAUGAUUACGGAAUAUUUCUACCAUUUUCCUUUUCUCUGCAACAUAUCCACAAUUUUGUGUUGUAUUCACGUCAUAAAAUCACAAUUCGUUCUGCGGACAUGAUCUGAAAAUUGCACUAUAAUUUUUGAAGUCAUCAAUAACAAGCUUCCUUUCGUGCCAUCAGAUCUACUAACUCAAUCACGUCUUCUGUCGUUUUAAAUCUAUUACGUCUACCUCAUAAUUUUCUCUUUUAUAUACAAGUAUUCUCCGAUUAGUUCAACAUUCAAAAAAAGAAAACUAAUUCAAGACCUACAAAAUUCAUUCCUUACCACUAACACAUUUUAAAGAGAUAAAGCUAGUUGGCAUUCGACUUAAAUGGCCAGUCCUAGAGUAACAUCUACUAAUCAGCCUAGUGGUAGAUUCUAUGUGAAAACCAUAUUCCUAGAUGUACAGUGGAGAUGUUUGAUCAGGGUCUCAGGGAACACAAUGAAAACACUUGUACAAAAACCCUACCGUAUCAACUUGAAAACAAGAAAAGAAAACUAUUAAAAAUGAUAAAGUCGACACUUCUAAGUAAGGAAGAUUACCUCAUUCAUGAACCCAAAAUCCUUUUAGCCUGUCCAGGCUAAAAAAAUCACUUGAGACGGGUACGGCAGUGUGCGAAUGACCCUUGGCGACUUUUUACCGCCAUUUUUUGGCUUUUCUCCUUGACCGAGAGCCUGAGCACACGCUAAACACUUUGCCUAAGGCACUGACAAUGAUAAUUUGUUUACCAAUCAAGAGUUCCGGUAAAUGGUGAACAGUUAUGUAAUUCUUAAGACCUUGCUGUUUGAUUGAGCCAUUAUAACAUUCAAUUCUCCUAACUCAUUUACAAGGAAAUGUACGAAAGUCAGUCGGGAGAGUAACUUACUGGAUCCUUGACGUCUAGUGGUCAAAUAAAAUACAAACUUGAAAUAAUC